AUGGAUCUGGAUCUCGAUCAGCGCAGUGUUGAAUCAUCAGGCCCCAACUUGGCCGCCGAUGCGGUGGAGGUAGAACCGACGGCUGGGAUGGAUAUAGAUCUACCCGUGGCAGGCGGCACCGGCUUCCAGGAGCAGGUGCGGGUGCUGACAACACGACUGGAGGAGCUGAAGUGGCUGAUUAAUAUGCACUUUGGGGCAGACCAGGGGGAGGUCGCCGACGAUGAGCUGCCCGACAACGGCGCCUACCUAGCUCGAGUGCGAUCCCUCGAGGGCCGGAUCAGGGAGCUUGCAAUCCUUGGCUCGCAAGGGAGAGAUGCUGAGACGCGGGAGCUCGCGGAAAGUCUGGAGAGGGUGGCUUCGGAGCGCAACCAGCUCGACUGGGAGAUCAACGGCGAGGGCGGGUACGUGUCCGAGAUACAGCGCUUGCGAGCGCUUGUGGAUCCCGAUGUGGUGGAGGCGGAGAUCAUUGUGCAGAUGAACGCGGCGAUUGCUGAUGGGGAGGCGGCAGAGGAAGACCGCAAGAGGGCCUGGCGUGAUAAUGACCACCUGAGAGAGAGGAUAGCUACUCUCCUCGCCGGGUUCCAGUCAAUAGUCGCUCAACGAGACACUCUCCAGACGGAGCGGAAGCGGCUACAGGCUCAUCUUGACAGGCUGGAAGAUCAAGGUGUCGUCAAUGUUGGGGAGCUGGAGAAUGCGGAUGAAGCGGUAAGGAGAAAUGAGAGGAGAGACGUCCAUCAUCGCGAACGCCUCGAGGGUGGUGUACAGGCCGAUCGAUCUACAGCCGACUUUGGUAGUGCCGCAAUAGGUGUCGGCGAGUGUGAGAAUCAAUUGGCUCUUGCUCGCUCUGAGCGCGACUCUGCUAUCAAGCAGAACGAGGAGGCUCGCAGGCACAUCGCUACGAGAACGGCAGAGCGGAAUGGAGCGCACCAGCGCAUCAAGUUCCUUGAGGAACAAGCGAGAGAGAGUCGCGAUAGGGAGGUGCAGCUACACGAACAGCUUCGCAGGCAGAAAGAGCAGGAAGAGCAGAAAGAGCAGACAGAGCAGAGCCAACUGGAUGCAGCGCAGAACCCAGCGUCCAGUGACACGCUCCGUCAGGCUAAACAGACGGAGAUUGAGCUACUAAAACUCAAGAAAGAGCGUGAUGCCACAGCCACUGAGAUCUUCAACAUCCAGUAUGAGAGAGAUGCAGCUCGCGACGAAGCCCGAGUUCUGGGGAAGGAGAGUGCUAAGUUUCGUACCGCAGCAGAAACAGCCGACGCGAUAGCGGUCCAGCUCCGACACUCUCUCGAUGCGGCCCACCACGCAGCCUUGGCUGAGCGGAGCCGAGCAGACGAAGCCCGGCGGACGCAAAACAGGCUCAGGGUCGAGCGAGAAAGCGUGCGCAUCGAAGCCAACAAGCUGAGGGCGGCCCUGGCCGCGUCCCACGAGAUCUCCCUGGGCCUGGUGAGGCACGGCAACAUCUCCGUGGGCGACCUGGUGCACAUCAGGGAAGAGCGAGACCUGGCGGCGAGCAAGGCCACCAAGCUGCACGACGCCCUCAUCAAGGCCCAGGAGCAGGUGGGCGAGCUCCAGAAACAGCUGGACGAGUGCGCGCAGGCCGAACACCCGGCAGCGAGUGAGGCAGUGUCGCUGCAGGAGUACCACUGGAUCAUGGCGGAGCGGGACAGGGCGUUGAUCCGCGUGGAAGAGCUCGAGCGGCUGCUGAAAGAGCUGGAGGAGGACUACCGGCAGAAUCUGGAUCAGUGGGAGAGGCAGACGAAGAGCGACGAGCGGGAGAUCAGCGCUUCGCACGAGCGUCUCCGGAGCGAGAGAGAACGCAGCCGUUAUCUCGCUGCGGAGCUGCAGAAGACCGUCUGCAAAAACAACACGGAAGCGGAGCUCGAAGCAGCCGAGACGAGAUUGCGAGCCGCUGGGAUCCGAGCAGCAGAGGCAGAGGACCGGGCGAAUGCAGCCGAAGCCCGAGCCGAAGUCCUCGAGACGCAGUUGCGGCGGUUAACCCAACAUGAUCUGACCGAGAGCCAGCAACUCGACGCCGAGCACCACCGAGACAUCCGCGACGACGCCUCGAAUCCAUCCCCGCUGCCCCCACUACCGGAGCGGGGGUCAUCCGCGGCGAAGACGAGGAGCGAGACGAGUAUGAGUGUGAGCAUGGUGGCGAUUCCGAGUCCGAGUCCAGGAACAAGGACGUCGGUUCCGCCCUUCUCGGCACGGAGCCAUGUCAGUUUUGCGUCGAUGCAAGACGACCCGGCGUUUCCUUCGCUGGUGCAACCACAGUCGUCGGGCCACGACGAGCCCGUUGCUGCUGUGCAGACCGGCCCUACGACUUCGGCGCAGACGAUUCCGAGAGCUACUAGAAACCCGGCCCCCGAUUAUGGGGGGGUGAGAAAGAGAAAGAGAAAGAGAGACGGAGAGUCAGAGCCGAGCUUGAACGAGGGGGAUCAAGCAAAGAAGACGAAGAAGCAGAAGACGCGGACUUGA